AUUUAAAAAAGUUUUUACUCCUAUUCCUAUCUAGACACGCGCGAGCUCUCCUGCUUGCUGGAGUUGCUGCGGUUCAUUUGAUUCCUCCGACUUGUCCGGCAGUCUCUACGACUUGAGUUAGACGACGAUGGAAACAAAUAGCCAGUAAGAUUAUCAGAUACCUUUGGGCUUUGUUUUCAAUUAAAAGCAUAAAUCUAUUUUUUUUCUGGGCCUGCGGACGGUUGUUGACUGGCAAAAAAGGCGACGGCUUGUCGCAAUAUCGCGCCUAGGCGACGCCUGGAGGACGCCUAUCGCUACUAUUCUUCUUCUGGCGAGGCGAGUGAAGACGGCGAGAACUCCCCACUGAAGUGAUUCAAGAUCUGCAUUUGCGACUAGCGGAUUUUUGAUAUCUAUUCCAGCAGAAAAAAAGUGAAUGGAGUGGGUGCUGAUCAUUGUUUUGUUGACUGUUAUUUGGGUUGGUUCUCUUUGCACAACACUUCAUGAAUUUGUGUCUGACUCCAAGUCUAUGUUUUUAGAUGAUGGUGGAUUUUUAAUGAAGAAAAAAAUCUUGUUGGUUAUCGCACAUCCUGAUGAUGAAUCUAUGUUCUUUACUCCAACCAUCAAUUACUUAAUGUCAAAAGGGCACGAUUUGCGAAUUUUAUGCAUAUCAACAGGCAAUGCUGAUGGCUUGGGAAAUACAAGAAAACAAGAGCUCUACUGGGCUGCCACAACCCUUAAUGUAUCGCCGCAACAAGUAAAGAUCUUGGAUCAUCCAGAUUUGGAGGAUGGUUUUGGCAAAAUCUGGAACACAGAUCUGUUGGCAAGACUUAUGAAAGAAGAAGUAGACAGCCAUUCUGUUGAUGUGGUUAGUAAAUUUAAAGGGGAAUUAGCCUUUAGAGCUUCAAACCAAUUCCAAGCAUAAAGUUGAUGGUAAUUAGUUUUGACAAAUAUGGCGUUUCUGGUCAUUGUAAUCAUUGUGAUUUGAAUCGAGGUGUGCGAAAACUAAUCCAGGACGUCUCAUACAAAAAUGUGGAAGCGUGGGAGCUUGUGAGCACUAAUAUAUUCCGCAAAUACAUUGGACCAGUGGAUGUUUGGUUUUCUCUCUUGUAUGUCAAGUUUCAUCGCAAUGAAAAUGUUCAUUUCUUGAUCAAUGAAAACCCUAGUAGAAGCUAUGCUGCAAUGGCCCAACACCUGAGCCAAUGGGUUUGGUUUCGUAAGCUGUUUGUAUCCUUCUCCAGCUAUACGUAUGGCAACUCUCUAAAGAAGAUUAACAUCUAAACAAUGCCUUCAAAAUGUCUUCCUUGUAUUGCAGAGACAUGAUCUUAAGCAGAUUGUUUGAAGCAUUGGAAUAUGUUGGCUGCUGCUGAUCGGAAGUCUGAAAUGCAGCAGCAGUGAUCAUUGCAAAAUUUCUGUUCGUUAGCUGCGUUUGCACCAUUGCAAGCUCUUCUUGUUGUGAUGCCACCUGCAAGCACCCAUAAACAGGUGGUGGUGGUGACUAACACUCCUACAAUAGUUUAAUACUUUAAUGAUUAGGCUCAACUUCUGUUGCUCUUUGUUUAUGCUUAAAAUUUCUACAAUCUGUGACUCUGUGAGUGCAAUGAUUUUAGAUUCAAACCCCGUCCCGAAUUUAAAAAUGUGAGUCUUUUCUGGCUUAGCCACUCCAAAAGAUCUGUUUUUAUUUGUCAUGUAUCGACACAGGUUUCUUUA